AUGAAAGCUGACAUAGAUGAUUUAUCAAAGUGUGAAUUGCUGAAGAUUCCAGAUGGAUGUUACUUGAUGUUGAAAGGUGUUUCCAUAACAACCUGUGACCUUAGCAGCAAUUCUCUGAAGAGAAUUCCAUCAAAGUUUUUCUCUAAAUUUCCACUUCUUGAAGAAUUAAAUCUCCAGGGCAACAAGUUAUCAUCCCUGCCUGAAGAGAUCCGAGAUCUUGAGGAGCUUGAACGGCUUGACCUCACGAGUAACAUCUUCGACACCUUCCCUCUGCCUGUAUGUGACUGCCCCAAACUGAAAAAUCUAUCUUUGAGAGACAAUAAAAUAACAGAUCUGGAAGUUUCGAGGCUCAAUUCAAUGUCCGCUCUAGUUGAACUGGAUAUCCAGGACAAUCCUCUAUCUGCGGACACUCAGACUGCCCUCUCUGAUAUGGACUGGUUUACUGUGCAUCUCGGGGAAUCAGAUCCAGUUGGAAAAUCACUGGACAAACUGGAUUAA